UGAUUGGUCCGCCGCUCAGGGGCUCUGGCCAUUCAGCGCGCUCCGAGCGAGCGGCGAGGUCAAUAUGGCUUCCUGCACCUGGUGACGGUUGAGGAAACUUGAAUUCGGUGUCAUGGAGAAGCCGCGCGGCCCUGAGGAGACCCCAUCUUCAGAACCAAUGGAAGAAGAGGAAGAUGAUGACUUGGAGCUCUUCGGGGGCUAUGAUAGUUUCCGGAGUUACAACAGCAGUGCAGGCAGCGAGAGCAGCUCCUAUCUGGAGGAGUCAAGUGAAGCAGAAAAUGAGGAUCGAGAAGCAGGGGAGCUGCCCACCUCCCCUCUGCAUUUGCUCAGCCCUGGGAACUCACGGUCCUUGGAUGGCAGCGGUUCUGAGCCAGCUGUCUGUGAGAUGUGUGGUAUCGUGGGCACAAGAGAAGCUUUCUUCUCCAAGACCAAGAGGUUCUGCAGCGUCUCCUGUUCCAGGAGUUAUUCCUCCAACUCCAAGAAAGCCAGUAUCCUGGCUAGAUUACAGGGAAAACCACCUACCAAGAAAGCCAAAGUCCUACACAAGGCAGCCUGGUCUGCCAAAAUCGGAGCCUUCCUCCAUUCCCAGGGGACAGGACAGCUAGCAGACGGAACACCAACGGGACAAGAUGCUCUGGUCUUGGGGUUUGACUGGGGGAAGUUCCUGAAGGAUCACAGUUACAAGGCUGCUCCUGUUGGCUGCUUUAAACACGUACCCCUCUAUGACCAAUGGGAAGAUGUCAUGAAGGGGAUGAAGGUAGAAGUCCUCAACAGUGAUGCUGUGCUUCCCAGCCGGGUGUACUGGAUCGCCUCUGUCAUCCAGGCAGCUGGGUAUCGGGUGCUGCUCCGCUAUGAAGGCUUUGAAAAUGAUGCCAGUCAUGACUUCUGGUGCAACCUGGGAACUGUGGAUGUCCACCCGAUUGGCUGGUGUGCCAUCAACAGCAAGAUCCUGGUGCCUCCACGGACCAUCCAUGCCAAGUUUACCGACUGGAAGAGCUACCUCAUGAAGAGGUUGGUGGGCUCCAGGACACUUCCUGCAGAUUUCCACAUCAAGAUGGUGGAAAGCAUGAAGUACCCCUUCCGGCAGGGCAUGCGCCUGGAGGUUGUGGACAAGUCCCAAGUGUCACGGACCCGCAUGGCCGUGGUGGACACGGUAAUUGGGGGUCGCCUUCGGCUCCUCUAUGAGGAUGGUGACAGUGAUGACGACUUCUGGUGCCACAUGUGGAGUCCCCUCAUCCACCCAGUGGGUUGGUCACGACGUGUCGGCCAUGGCAUCAAGAUGCCAGAGAAGCGAAGUGACUCAGGUCAUAAUCCCACCGUCCGGAAAAUCUACUGUGACGCUGUUCCUUACCUGUUCAAGAAGGUACGAGCUGUCUACACAGAAGGUGGCUGGUUCGAGGAGGGAAUGAAGCUAGAGGCCAUUGAUCCCUUGAAUCUGGGCAAUAUCUGUGUGGCAACCAUAUGCAAGGUUCUCUUGGAUGGUUACCUGAUGAUCUGUGUGGAUGGCGGCCCCUCCACAGAUGGCGCAGAUUGGUUCUGUUACCAUGCCUCCUCCCACGCCAUCUUCCCAGCCACCUUCUGCCAAAAGAAUGACAUUGAGCUCACACCCCCAAAAGGGUACGAGACACGGCCUUUUGACUGGGAGACCUAUUUGGAGAAGACCAAGUCGAAAGUAGCCCCAUCGAGGCUCUUUAACAUGGAUUGCCCCAACCAUGGCUUCAAGGUGGGCAUGAAGCUGGAGGCCGUGGACCUGAUGGAGCCCCGGCUCAUCUGUGUGGCCACAGUGAAGCGGGUGGUGCACCGGCUCCUCAGCAUCCAUUUUGAUGGCUGGGACAGCGAGUACGACCAGUGGGUGGACUGCGAAUCCCCAGACAUCUACCCCGUCGGCUGGUGCGAACUCACCGGCUACCAGCUACAGCCACCUGUGGCCGCAGAACCAACCACACCUCUGAAGGCCAAAGAGUCCACAAAGAAGAAAAAGAAACAGUUCGGGAAGAAGAGGAAAAGAAUCCCACCAGCCAAGACCCGGCCCCUCAGACAGGGGUCCAAGAAGCCCUUGCUGGAGGAUGACCUGCAGGCUUUGGGUGUCUCAUCGGAGCUGGUUUCUGAUGAGAUUAUUGCUGUGUGUGUCAAGGAAGAGCAUCAGGACCUCACCUCACCUGACAAGUCACCAGGGCCACAGCUGCCGGUCCCCAUCGAGAACAUCAAGCAGGAGAGGGAGAACUGAGCCUUCCCUGGGCACUGGCCUGGCCCUAACUGCAGCCAGACCUGAUCAUGGAGCAGAGGAGGAGCCUGGCUUCUUUACUGCUACACUAUGCCCCAACACCACCACCACCACAGUUUGAAGACAGUGCUUUCACAUAAAUCCUCCUGAUAGGACUUUGCAGUGGAGGAGCAGCCUGGUCUAGGACCUACCCAGGUCUGUGACUGGGAUUGCCUGAGGCCCAAACUGCAACCUGAGUUCCGAAGCUAGUGCACUUGCCCUGUCUUUCCACAACCACCACCCUUGGCAUGGGUAGGUGCUGUUCCUGUUGCACUGGAAAACUGAGUCUGUUUUGUGUGUCUGCCUAAGCAGGUGUUGGGAAUAAAAUUCUGGAGCAGCUGUGA